AUGACUACGACAACUACCAUCAAUACGGCAACGAAAGCAACCAAUGAGCCACUCAAAAGUGAAGAGAAAGAACAGAUUGAAGUUGACUUCACCCCUCAGGAGCACUACGGUGAUUGGCGUGAUGAAUUCCAUCGCGAUGGAUGCAUUAUUCUCAGGAAUGUUAUCAGCCCCGAGCGAGCAAAGUAUUACGCCGACAAGCAAAUAGAGUGGAUCAAGAACUUUGAACUUGGCUUUGAUGAGAAUGAUGAGAGUACUUGGACAGAGGAGCAUCUGCCUGUUAGCUUCAGGGGAGGGAAAUACUUCUACGGUGUGACCCAUGAGAAGAGUGUUUGGGAAGCACGCACCGAGCCUGGAGUUAUGGAUGCUUUCGCAAAGCUGUGGGAGACUGAGGAACUUUUAUGCUCCUUUGACGGAAUCAAGAUUGAUCUACCACGGCGAAAAGAUGUCAAAUGGACCCCAUGGCCGCACUGCGACCAUAACCCAGACGUGAAGGGAAUAUCAUGUGUCCAAGGACUUUUGAACUUUGCCCCAAGUGGCCCUAAAGAUGGAGGUCUGAUAUGGAUGAAAGGCUCCGCAAAAGCUUUCAACGAAUUCUUUGCUGAAAAGCGCAAGAAUGAGGACACAGCAAACUUCGACCACAAGCACCAAGAAUUCUUCAAGUUCCACGAGGACCAUGUAAAAUGGUUCGAAGAAAGAGGCUACGAGUUCACCAAGCUCAUCCUUGGUCCUGGCGACUUGGUUCUCUGGGAUUCUCGAACAGUCCACCACUCUUGUUUUGCGGAGGGAUAUCAGAUCCGUCACGCGCAGUAUAUCUGUAUGAUGCCUAAGCGACUUGCGACUGAGAAGGCCUUGGAGAUGAAGAAGUACUGCUUUGAGAAUUAUAUGAACAAUACUCACUUACCUCAUCGCAACAUAUACCCAUCAACAGAUAAUCCCAUCCGAAAUGGCAAACUGUGUCCGAAAGACCGGAGUGAGCCAUUUGAAAGGCCCAUCCUGACCGACGCGGUUCUCAAACUAGCAGGUAUAAAGCCUUACUGA